UCUCGUGUCGAGCGGGCGAACCGAGCAGUCAUCCGAAAACACUUAGCGGCGCAUCUCAGAGCGAGUCCGACUAAGCCGUACGCCGUCGAGAAGCGAGUCUAAAUAAUUGACCCCUCCGCGGCGCAAUCGCGCAAACAAUUUACAUCCGAUUGUGUAAAUAUCCGCAACCUCGACAUCGCGUUUAUUGGUGGCGGUGAAGGUCCCGCGCGAGUUCGUUGCUCCACGCGAGAAAAAUCAUCGAGUCCUAAUUACGCUUCGAUUUUCAUUUUCGCGUAAGAUUAACAGUGCGACAAAUAAUUGCCUCGUUUCGUGUUACCUUCGUGAUAUCGCUGUGCGAAUAGUCGCGAAUCAUAGUGCAUUUAUUCGAUAUUCCGGUCACUGAGAUAUGUUCGUCGCUCGCUGAGAUAUGUUCGUCAAGUCUGAACUUUGACGAUCGCCGGUCGUUAAGAAGGACCGAGACUCGAUGGACCAGAGCGUGAUCGUGCCGUCGAUGCCGCGGGACGUCGGCGCCGAGAGUGUGCGAUUAACCAUGAAGAACGAGUCGGAUCCCGGUCUGCGUCAGCAGGAACAAACGAUUGUCGUGCACCCGAAUUCCACGGCGACCGCGCGAUCGGCGUUGCUGUCGAUGAGCGCGAGUAAUCUGCCUCAGGAGACGAAUCUGGAGCCGAUGAUGUGCAACCCGACGAGCAACGAGAUACCCAGAAAACCCGGCACUCGCCGCCAAGAGAAACCACCGUAUUCCUACAUCGCGCUGAUCGUGAUGGCCAUUCAAUCGAGUCCGGGUAAGAGGCUGACCCUGUCGGAGAUCUAUUCGUUUCUACAGCAGCGUUUCCCGUUCUUUCGGGGCACUUAUCAGGGUUGGAAGAACUCGGUGCGUCACAAUCUCAGCCUAAACGAGUGCUUCAUCAAGCUGCCCAAGGGUCUGGGCAGACCCGGUAAGGGCCACUACUGGACCAUCGACCCGUCUACCGAAUAUAUGUUCGAAGAGGGUAGUUUUCGACGACGACCGCGCGGUUUCCGACGCAAGUGUCAAGCCCUGAAGCCGCAGUAUCCGCAAUACUACUCGAGCGCCGGUCCCGUCGGCAUGCAGACGCCUGGGCCGUACGAGAAUCUAGCCGCUGGUCCCGGCGGUAUCGAGUACGCGAACGGUUAUCAGAAUCAAUAUCAGAAUUAUCAGGAGUACGCGAUGUAUGCGCCGACCGCGGCAGUUUCCGCCGAUUGGGCAUAUCCGGACGGGCCGACGACGUACAAGUCCGGGCCGCCGAUAGCCGAAGUGACCUACAAGACCACCGAGGUGACGUACAAAACCGGCAGCGAAUCGGCGCCGUCGGUUUACAGGAACGGCGAGCUGGUGACGUUCAAGAGCGAGCCUAGUUUCGGCUCCAGGAGUCAGGAUCAGCUGACGGCAGCCUAUCGGCCGCCGACUGACGCUUUCCCGACGAUCAAAGAUCACCAUCAGCAGCACCACACGACCGAUUAUAAGGACGAGACAAUGAUGAGUAACUACUCCAAGUGCUCGACACCCACCACUCAAGCACCCGGACAGGAUUAUUAUGUCGGUUAUGGCCUCGCGGGGGUCAACAAUACUACCGGCGUUAAUAUUACUAUGCAAUCUAUGCAGGAGCAACCGGGUGGUAGUAGCAGUCCUAUAGCUAAUGUUAGUUCGCCGCACAGCGGAUGUCAGACUCCUGCGGAUCACGGCAUAAAAAUGCAGUGCAGUUCGAGCUCAAGCUCAACUAGUUCUGGCGGUGGCAUCAUUGACCGAAAGCCAUCUUACUUCGCGCAUCCUGGAGGAUCAGUAACUUUGAGCUCCUUGGGCUCACUGGGUUCAUUAAAUCUAAGCAAUAUCGGCGGUUUAAGUAUAUCUAACAUACCUGGUGCAGUUUCGACGAAUAUACAUCACACGUCGACACCACCGCCUGCGACGAUGUACUACGAUCAGCUCAAGUACAGCAUGUGAAGACGUUUCCCUGAAACACAAAAAAUAUAACUUCGUAAGAUUAUUUUGCAUCAAAAGUUCCAUAUUUUAAACUGUAAAUGUUAAAGUGCUUCAUACUUUUAAAACAAACAGAAAUGUUAGCAAAUCUUAAUUAUAUCUGUUAUUUGCAUUCCGAUAUUAUCUGGAAACAUAUAUAUAUAUAUAUAUAGAAUUACAAACUAAAUUAAAAAAAAAAUUUUGUUAAAUAAUGCGGAUGAACGAAAAUCUGAGGCCAAUCUGAUUCGAACCAUAUCUCUUCAAGCUUUUGAAUAUUUUUAUUCUUCAUUUCUUCAAAAAACAUGUUUUACCAAAUUUUCAUAUCGAUAGAUAAAAAUGUAAUUUCGGUAUAAACUAGA